GCCGCCGCCGCUCCGCUCUGCUCCACUCCGCUCCUCCGUGCUCCCAUCCGCCCGAGACCAUGCGCUGCGUUCUCACCGCUGGCUGCUGCCUCGUCCUGGCGCACAUCUCAGUGUGUCUGCAGCUGCAACAAAAGCCACGGUUCAUUGGUGUCAAAAGCGGGAAGAAUGUGAGGCUGUGGUGUUUUGUGGAGAAAAGUGGCACAGUGAUCAGGGGCCCCAUACACUGGUUCCGGGCCGUCGUAUACAACGGGGAAAAGCAUCCGCUGGUCCAGACCGAGGGAAUAGAGGUGUUUCACGGAAACUCCAGCACGUCCGUCCAGUCUAAUUUACGUAUCAAAAACGUGAUGCCUGAGCACAGUGGCAUAUACUUCUGCAAUGCCAAUGACACCUGGGGACUCGGAAGCGAGCUCAAAGUUCUCCGACACAUCCUGCUUAAGGACGCCAUGAAGAAAAGCCAGACCAAGGAUGCCUUCAUUGUUCUUCAAGCUCUGCUUCUGACAGCGUGUGCGCUCAUCCCAGUUGUGCUCUACAUGAGAAAAGUUGCCAGAGAAGACAGGAUUUAUGAGGAACCUGAAGACAACCACCUGUACGAGGGCUUGCAGAUCGAGCACUGCGAUCUGUACGAGGACAUCCCCGCCUACAGCCAACCGGCGGAAGCGCCGUGGGAAGGGCCCGAGUCUCCGUGCGAAGAAUGAAAGGUCGCCGUUGAUUCCAACCCUUGACCGGGCCUUCACUUUGGCUCCUCCCACCCGCCGCACCCUCCAGCUUCAGCACCGCCAACCCGCAGCCGGUUGACCUCAGAUGGACGCAGCGCCAGCCUCGUCACCCGCCGCCUGAGAGCCGAUGAUGCCGAACUGGACAAUGCCUCUUGCGCUCCUUCGUGGAUCCGACUUCUGCUGUGGUCGGCCUGCGCGCCGCCACCAUUUACUGCCAGCCCAUCAUGUGUGUCACGUCGGCGUGCGCCCGCAGGACACGAGAACAUCGCGAGGAGGCAGUCCGAAUGCUUCGAGGAAAGUUCUAGCAGCCCGGCUCUCGUAUCGAUUGUGUAUAUUCUGUGCAUAUACUGUUUGAACCUGUAAAUGUGAAGCUCCAGGCUGGGAAGAAAAGUUCUUCUCGGCUGCUAAGUACCGCUUGUGUUGACGCGUCCUCGACGUGUUGCUGUGUCCUUUCCGCUGUUACAUUUACACUUGCAUGUAUUCAUUAAGCAAACGCUUUUCUCCAAAGCGACGAACAUCUCACCGUAACACCACCCGUCGUAUACUUGUGCUGAUUGAAGAGCUCCAGUCAGACAGCUUCAGGGAGUGACUCUUGCAAAGGUAUUAUUGUGAAAGUUUUUCUCCUGAAAACAUUAUUAACAUUAUCGUACUGGUAUUAGACAGUCCUCUUUCCAGUGUUUCAUUUUCAAUA